AUGACAUCGAUUGGCCGUGUUGACCACACCAUUCCUCCGCAAAAAAGCAAGGUGGACAGGGCGGUGGAGAUAAGCCGAGCAAAUGCUUCGCGCAACAAGGCGCCACUGGUCAUCGGCGCUGUCUGGCUGCUUCAGAGAGUCCAAGCCUCCAAGGUUGUUGGUUCAUCAUUCAUCAUCCAAGGAGUCAAGCAGCAACUUCAAGGCAUUAUCAAUACUCAUGGAGGGAGGCCCUUCGACGCUCAAAGGAUCCGUGAUUUGCGGCAGAGCAGGACGGCCGUGGAGUCCUCUCUGGACAACGGCCUGCAGCUAUCUGGCUACCCGCUGAGUCCAGGCGAGGCCGCUGUCCAGCCGCAGCUGGAGCCAAAGUUCCAAGUACAGACGACAGAGAACAUCGUCCGCAGUCUUCCAAGAUUACCGUCACCCUGGAAGGCUGCAAUUCGUCUGACUCGAUCGGGAUUCCACCUUAGUGGCUUUAUUCCUCAAGUGGACUAA